AUGUCCGCACUACAGGUAAUCGAACACUCAUGGAAUAAGUCAGGCCAGCGAAUUAUCCACGCUAUUCAUCAGUCUGCUAGAGAGCUAAAGGCACGAGGAAUCCCACUGCGAUUACAAUGGGUCCCGGGACACUGCGGUGACCCUGGCAAUGAGACAGCGGACCGUCUGGCCAAGGAAGCGGUGGGUGCAGAAAAGAAACAUCCUUUCCAACAUCUCCUUUCGCGGGAGAAAGCGUACAUCCGCACCGCACGCGCCGGCUCUACGGCUCGCCCCCCUCGCAAUCGAGCUUACCUGCUUACCCAACUACGGACCGGCCACUCGUGGCUCGCCACCUAUGCCAAGCAACAUGGCUUCCGAGAUAACGAGCAGUGCGAAUGUGGAGCGACAGAAACCGUGGUCCAUGUACUUGUUGACUGUCCGCGGCUGAAGGGGAUACGGCAAGAAUUACGGCGGAAGAUCGGAGGAGCAUUCAACAACAUUUCGGAUAUGCUGGGAGGAACGGGCCAAGGUAAGGAAGGUAAGUUAGGAGAUGCCGCGCAGAGCGUCAGCGUCCUAGGGGCGGUACUGGACUUUGCAGAGGCGUCGCAGAGAUUUCGAAGUCGCGCGCCACGAGGGCGGCAGAACAGAACCCCGGGCAGUGGCCAACACAGGCCUUGA